GGUCCCGCACCCGCAAGGAUCAAUGGGGCUCUUUUGAACGUUUGACCCUCAAAUACUUGGUUGGUUUUUUGUCUACGGUGGUUUUAAGCGUUACCUCAACAACCCUGGGGGCUUUCGGAUACCAGCUGGGGUAUAAGCGACUCACAAUAAGCCGCUUCUCAUUCCUUAUAGUUGUCCAAGUGAUUUGUGAUCGCCACUGCUUGUCUACUUCAAAACGUACCUACAAAUACAGACCUGAGGGAACAAACGGACAGUAUUAGAUAACUUUAAUGCCGUAACAAUCAGGAUUUGUUUUUUAAAUAUUGAUCUGCAGCGGUUGUAUUACGUCGAAGGCAAAACUGCUCUGUGUGUGACAAAGGUUUUAAUCAUCGAGAAUGGCGCUCCUCAAAGCAGACUUCCUAUCGUCAAGUUUCCCAUCACUAACCAGGAUCGCAUCUCUCAUGCUGGCAAGCUGGGAUAGCAUUCUACUGACACUACUUAUUGCUACUCUGCUCUUCCUACUCGUCAAGCUCAUCCACUUAGUAAGAUGGAAACUUCGCUUCCAACAUGCUCUACGAGAUUUUCCCAAACAUCCCAACGGGAGCUGGUUCAUGGGAGACAUUCCUGAGUACACCAAAGGUCACAAUGGGAUGGCAAGGGAGUUCCAUUUUGACUACGAAGAGGUCGAUGACGUCAUGCAGUUCUGGCUUGGACCGUUCAUGCCCGGUGUGGUAGUCUUCAAUCCAGAUACAGUCAAGUCUAUCGCCAACAAAAAUGAACCAAAGCAAGAGUCCGUGAUGAGAUUUCUACGAGAGUGGAUUGGGGACGGUUUAGUGGCAAGCUCCGGCGAGCAUUGGGCCCGGAACCGACGCUUGGUGGCGCCAGCAUUUCACUACAGCGGACUCAGACCACACGUAUCCAUCUUCAGCGAAUGCGCUCACACUCUGGUGAACAAAUGGAAAAAGCUUUGCCAAGGAGAGCAAACUACGGUGAACGUGUACGACCACAUGGGCUUGCUGACUCUAGACAACCUGCUUAAAUCCAUCUACAGCUACGACAGCCACUGCCAAACCAAAGGGUAA